CACGAGCAGGCUGCACAUUGUCUCGGCUUUCGCUCGACUUCGCGCCGUGGCUGCCGGCAACGGAAGUCUUCUCACUUCACUGUGUAUCUGGACGCAACGCUGAUGCAGUGUGGACGACUAUACUUGCUCAGAAAGUCGUUGCAGCUACGGGAGAAACAGUGUGCGGUGGCCCAGCUCAAUCUGUACCGACUAUCACUCUGUUCGGAGCGGCCGAAACUCUACUCACUAUCUGAUAUUUGGUGACCACUGUACCAGGGCAGCUGUCAGAGACACGAGGACUCUCUGCUAAAGUGCAAAUACCUCGACUGCGACGCCGCCAGACUGGUUAAUUGCUGAAUGGCUCGUAGUCAUGCGCAUCUGCCCAGCAAUAGAAGGAGGCGCUCCAGUGGGUCACCUAACAGGAACUCAAACCAGACUGGCUUCACAGGCAGCAAGCGAACUGUAGGGAGCUCACUGUCAAGAAGCACCACUAUUGCAGACAAGGCCGCAUAUCCCACAUCUUCCAGAUCGUUGUUGGAGUUUCGAGCGUGUCCUACGCCAUUCUACUAUGCUGAACCGAGCGACAUUGCCGCAGAGCGGCGACUUGUAUGCCACGGACAUAAGCCUGUGAAUCCAAGACUGCCGGACAUGGAGAUGACCGAUUCGGGGGGACGCUGGAACCUGUUCUGUGCGAGAUUCAAGGACAGCUAUGGAAGAGACGAUUGGCUCGCAGUCAAGCAAGCACCUCUGCGCUGGUUCAAUUCCAAAGAAGAUGCGUUCUCAGAGUACGAACUGUUGAAAACCCUGGACCACCCACACAUCAUCGUGACUGUUGGGGCUUACACGAAGGAGACGGUCUAUGGUCAAGUGAACGUCGGCGCUCUACUGUAUCCCCUGGCCCCGAGUAAUCUCGCGACCCGGAUCAAACUUUGUUCUCAGCACAACGAGUUGGAGUCAGAACAGGGAGGCAAACACUGGCAAAUCGCGGAUGACGCACACCGGUUCAUACCAUUCUUUGCUUGCAUAUGUGAUGCACUGUCGUAUCUGCAUAGACUGGAUCAGCCAGUGAAGCAUAAGGAUAUCAAGACGGAGAAUAUCCUCAUCGACAAAUCCGAAACUGUAAUACUUGCCGAUUUCGACAGGGCUCAAAAAUAUCCGAGCAGAGAAGCGGCAAUCUCCCAAGGUCCCGGGGACAGGACCAACCGGUUUGCGUCCGCAGCUGUCAUGAGACAGGAGAAUAGAGGUUUCGAUCGCGACGUCGCGCCUCUUGGCUUCGUGUUCGUAGAGAUGGCGACCGUGGUUCUUGGAGAGACCUCAUAUCAUAUGAACGCGCAUUGCAAACGGGAAAACUGGUUUGAAAAUCUCGGCGAUGGUCUGCUCGACAGUUGGAUUGAACAUUUGAGACAGAAAUCCCGUGACUAUCCUCAGCGCAUCCCCUCUGACUUCACGCGUAUACCCGGUCGGCUGUUGAUUGACACCUUCCUGGAUAUAAUCAAGGAAAUGGCACAUGCGGAUAUCAAUGAGCAAGACGUGCUUGAGAAAGCUUUGGAUUUCUUCCGGAAAUUACCUGAUAAAGCAUGUAAACACUGCGGUCCUGAAGCGGUCCACGAAAAAGCCUUACGAGACGACGAGGCAUCUGUCGUCAACGAUUCAGAAUCAACCCAAUCUCGAAAGCGUGAUACUCUAAUCGUUCCCGGACCGGCACUUGAUCGAAGCAGUCUACGGCCCGUGAAUGGAACCUCGGAGACUGCUCCAACGCACGCUUCUGGUAAUGAGAUGGAGCAUAACGCCAAUGGACAGCCGAAGAUCAAGGUAUCAAGGACGAACACGUCCUCAGAGAACGAUGCGUUGUACCUGGUCGGCAACCACGCUGUAGAAAGUGACGAUCUGACGAUCGGAAGCGAAGUCAAAUCGACAUCGUCCCAUGAUGCAGCCACUGGCCACGAAUCUAGCACACCCCAACUCCAUUCAAAUCCACCCACAAUCGCGACGGAAUCCGAAGACCUCAAUCCCUUCGAAACCUCAUCGUCCGAGGACUCUGUGCCAAGAGUACUUCGAAUCGGCUCCGAUUUCAGCUCGGUAAGCAACAUUGAGGGGAUCAUAGUGUGCAUAAAGGAGAGUCGCACAAAGCCCUCGAAGCUGAAAUUGAAGCAAGCGAUUGGCCGUGACAUGAAGGGCAACGAGGUCCGCAUUGUACCGCUCUAUCGAGAUCGGCAGAGACAGCGGUACGUCAAGUUAUGGAACUCACAUGACUACUUGCUCAAGAAGCAGCUUCCGCGUCAUGCACGGAUACUCUUCCGAAUGGGUCUGUUGCGCACCAUGUUAUUGGUGGUCCCCGAAGUAGUACAGUGUGUAUGAUGCACUGCGCGACGAGUUACAGUCAUACCAUGCAUUCAUCAGGGUACGGACGUACAUACGAAGCUGCCGAAGUGGCCGCUGCGCCGCAAAACGUUGCCGAGGACGUGCGGAGUGCGCUCAAGAUGGGGUCAGCUUAUAUUAAUCUGGAAGACCUUGGACGAGCGGGGCUGAUAGCCGUGCAAGAUUCAGCAAUGAGGACCAAACAUACAAAAGACUAUAUGUACCCGCAAAGGCUGAAAACACCAUCUAUUGAUCAUUCGCUACUGAGACCGGCACUGCAGAACGCAAGCGAGAGUCGAUACCAUUUUCUUCUCUGCUUAUCGGCAAACUUGAUGUCGUUGAUGACGACUCCCUUCCGACAUGCGGCAUCUUCAGACCUGCGUAUUCCGCCCACCGUGCAGUACGACUUCUCUGUUGUCGUGUCUUGACUAGAAAACCCGCCCAGCUACGCAACACUUGUUGAGUC